AUGGUAUGCUUCUGUGAACCACCUGUGGCAACAACGGAUGAAAGAAUCAAAAUGGCCGGUUUCCAGUGUGAGACUCACAGUGUGACAUCAUCUGACGGAUACAUUUUGAAACUUUUUAGAAUCGUGACGUCAGCCAGAAAUUCCACAGCGUCACCCAAGAGGCGCUUUCCAGUGAUGCUACAGCAUGGUUUCGUGAUGUCUUCCGACAUCUAUGUCGUGAGAAAUGAUGCUUUAGGUUUUGGCUUAGCAAGAGACAAUUGGGAUGUGUGGCUGGGUAAUAUCAGAGGAACCAGCUACACCAGACAGCAUAAAUGGCUGUCACCGAAUGAGCCAGAAUUCUGGAAUUACAGUUUUGAUGACAUUGGAAGAAAAGAUCUGCCGGCAAUGAUUGAUUUCAUACUGAACCACACGAGAAGCCCCCGUCUGAAUUACAUUGGACAUUCCAUGGGCACCACUGCAUUCUACGUGAUGGCUUCAACCGUCCCCAGCUACAAUAGAAAGAUUAAUUCAAUGAUCAGUCUAUCAGCUGUUUCAAAAAUGGCUGGAUGGCACUUUCUGCUCAAUGAUAACUCCUAUUUCUAUCAGUUCAUCUACGAACAAUUGAUGAAAAAUUUGCGGAGAAAAAAGGUGGAGAUUUUUCCCAGAGUCGGGAUGGAAGGAUUGUCUGAACAUCAGUGUAAACACGAGGACUUUCACUUGUAUAUGAGAGUGGCUUUUGAGUUUGUUAAAAUGGUGAUGAUACAGUGGGCUCAUGGUGAGAAAGUAUUUCCUGAUAGUUCAUCUACGAAAAACUUCCUACAUUUUUUGCAAGUCAUGGGCUCAGCAAAUUUUCAAAGGUACGAUUAUGGACGUGAAAAGAAUUUGAAAGUUUGGGGCUCGGAGUCACCGCCUCUGUAUAAUUUGAGCAAGAUUCGAGCUCCUAUGAUAUUCUAUAUUGCCAGUGGUGAUCUGAUACUGGAACAGGACUGUGAGAACUUAGCCAGGAGUCUCCCGAAUCUAGUGUUUGUGAUGAAGAUACCUUAUCUCACCUUCGGUCACAUGGACUUUUUGUGGCCAACUUCCGACUUGAAUUUGGAAUAUCGACGGAAAAUGGAGGCAUCCAUCACUGAUGAACUUUCCAAAAGAGAUAGGGAUUUGGCUCCGACAGAUAAAAUCGUGAAAAACAUUUGUGAUCAUAAUAAGGACUGUAUCAAAGUCAUGUAACCAUUAACCUGACAUGUUGGAAAUUUACAUCCGUAUAAAAAGUAGCCUAUAGUUCUCAUAAAAAUAUAAUAUAUAUUAUAAAAUAUAUUAUACUAUUAUGGAAUACAGAUAGCUGUUUCUCUGAAAUCGAAGCUUUCUGAUUCCCUUCAAUCAUUAUUCUAGAAAUAAUGAUGUUGCAAUAGUUCAUUCCACAUAUCUGCAGCGAAUUUCACAAAAAAUUCAUUUGUGAUAGUGCAGUUUUAUAGAAUGAGAUGUUUGGACCAAUCAGUGAUCUCAACUCGAAAAGCUACACUUUGGUAUUUUGUGUUAUUCAUUCAUUUAUUUAUUUUAUUAACAAUCACAAAUCAUAAUUAAAAUAUGAUUGGGAGAAGACAACAGGCAUAGCCCAAAACUCUCUUCUCCCAAAUUUUUACAAAUAAAAGUUUCAAAAAAGAAUGAGGUUAGAUUCCACUUUUCACUUGAAAAGUAUUAUCAACACAAUUAUUAUGCUUCUGUAAACUAUUCUAAACUACAGUAACUAUAUUACUGGGUGAUAUAGUUGUUGUAGGCUACCGGUACUCUAAACUACUAAACAGUGAGUUUUAAUCAAGUUACAGUAUUCUUUAUUUAUUUAGAUUUUCUUUGUAAAUGUAAAUUGAUUCUCCAUUUUCAAAGUUAUGCAGCUGUAAUCCAAACUCGCUAAUUUCUGCACAACUGUCUUCUUACAUAAAGAUAUUGUUCUGCUAUUCAUGACUGAGAAUAAUAACGGAGAUAUUUUUGUAAAAUCGGUUCAAAAUACAUCUUUGAAACCGGGUGUAAACGUGUAAAACAAGAUGGUGUAAGAACUCAUGGGGGAGAAUAUUAUAAUAUCUUCACCAUCCUGCAAUGUACAUUCCAAUUAUUUAAUGUUUUGUUAUUUUUCUCCAUGAUUUAUUGUUUUUUUCUCAUAGACUAUCUCAUUUAGGCUACUCAAUGUUUGCUAAUACUUUCUCUCCAAUUCAUAUAAUAUGAAAUUGUACUUAGGUACAGUAUGUAGUUCUUAAAAAGUAGUUCUCAAUUUCCAACGGUUUUUCAUUUUUACAUUGUGUUUUUCAUUUUAGUACUGUACCUACCCACAUUCUUUGC